AUGGCUUUCAAGAAACCUAUUAGCACCACUCCAUAUCGCCUUGUCUAUGACAAAUCAUGCCAUCUCCCAAUGGAGCUUGAACACCGUGCUUUGUGGGCAAUCAAGAAGAUAAACUUUGAUUUAGGAAGUGCGGGGGAGAAAAGGUGGUUGGAUCUUCAUGAGCUAGAGGAGCUUAGACUUGAUGCUAAUGAUUGUGCUAGCACCUACAAAGCUCGUUCCAAGGAAGAUCACGACAAGAUUAUUGAGAGGAAAGAUUUUUGUGUUGGUGAUAAAGUCCUCCUCUUUAAUUCAAGAAUGAAGUUGUUUCCCGGAAAGAUCAUGUCAAGAUGGAGCGGCCCUUUUUUGGUGAAAGACGUUUUUGCUAAUGGUGUCGUGGAGAUUUCUCCUUUGGAUUCCUCAUCUUCUUUUAAGGUUAAUGGUCAUCGGCUCAAGAGAUACUAUGAUGGAGUGUUUGUUGGUCUUAUUCAUAAAAUGAUUCUUUUUAAGUCACCUUGA